ACUGAGAGACCUUUGACACUUCAGUAAACUCUAGUAGUGCAGCUCCUGUAACUUGUGCCCUCACGUAGGAAGAGAUUGGGAUCUCACAAGGAAUGAAAACAGACAGCCUGUAUAGCUCAUUCCACUGCUGCCCGACUGAAGAAGAAGAUCAACUUCACAUUGAAAAGUAUUAUAGUAAUUAUGGUGAUCUCAGAUCUGGUCUGUUGGUCUGUGCUGGUGGUCCUGGUACUGGGGGUCAUCGUUUGGUAUGUGAGGGACUCUCUGAAGGUCAAUGAUGUCCAUCAGAAGCAUGUGCUGAUCACAGGGUGUGACACUGGGUUUGGGAACCUGGCAGCUCGGCAGCUGGACCAGCAGGGUUUUCGGGUGAUCGCGGCCUGUCUGACUGAGGCCGGAGCCUCCAGCCUGAGAUCAUUGGCCUCCCCAGGCCUGAAGACAGUGCUGCUGGAUGUGACAGACAGAGACAGUGUGGCCGGCGUGGUGGAGGAGGUCCGCCGGGAGGUCGGGGAGAGAGGUCUGUGGGGUUUGGUGAAUAAUGCUGGGCGGUCCGUCCCAAUUGGCCCCAACGACUGGAUGCAGCUGGAGGACUUUCAGAAGGUUAUGGAUGUUAAUCUUAUCGGGCUGAUAAAUCUGACCCUGCAGUGCCUACCCUUACUGAAGAAGGCUAAAGGCAGGGUUGUGAAUAUGGCCAGUAUACUGGGCAGACUGUCUUUGACUGGUGGAGGAUACUGUCUGUCCAAGUGGUGUGUGGAGGCAUUUUCAGAUGGACUGAGGAGAGACAUGGAGCAUUUUAGUAUGAAAGUAAGCAUUAUAGAGCCUGGAUUCUUUAAAACGCGAGUAACAGACCUGAAUCAUAUUGAGUCUGAUCUGAAGAAUCGGUGGGAUGGCCUUCCGGCAGAUGUGAGAAGAUCUUAUGGAGACUCGUACCUGCAAAACUAUUUGAAGGCCCAGGCCUUCUCCAUGAACAUUUUGUGCAGUGAAGAUCUUUCCAAAGUGACUUCCUGUGUGCAGCACGCUCUCUCAGCAGAGUACCCACGAACACGCUAUGGAGCAGGCUGGGAUGCCAAGCUCUUCUGGAUACCUCUCUCUUAUAUGCCUUCAUGUAUAGCUGACCUCGUUGUCUCUGCACUCCUACCUACACUUACUAAGAGCUGAGUGAACAGUUUUAAUACGUAUUGUUUCAGCUGCAGAAUGUAUUGGAAAUCUUGCUUGUGGAAAUGUGAAAACUAUACUGACGUGACCACUGUCCUGAGGAAGGAACUAGUAUUAUGUCAUAUGAUAUUUGCAAUAUUCAAUGGAAGCUGAAAAACACUGCACUUAUCUGUAAGCUAUAAAUAUGUAUUUCCCUCA